GAAAAAAUAUUUACACGAUGAAAAGCUAACAAUUUUCUUUAUCAUGAGCAAAAUCAUAAAAAUUGUGCAACUGUUUUGGUGUGUACAUCGUGUUUCUAUGAAUCUUGCACGAAAUUUGACAGGAUGACAGACGAAGGAAAUGAAUGUAUCCACCAGGUUGGACAAUAAACAACAACUGAUAAUUUUUAAUGCUAGAAAUAACUGCUAAAUACUAAAAACAACAUUCAAAAUAUUUUUUAAAAAUAUUUAAAAAGCGAUAAUGAAGUAGCUAACGCGUUCUGCUUGCUAAACUGCUUGCCUAUCCAUUUCCUAAACACCCGUCACACGGACCGUCAAACGCACAUUCAAUAUGGUGGAAUGUCACGACGAGCUCGGUCGCGUACCAACCCGACCGUGUGCACAGUUGCAAAACAAGAAGAAGAAUCAGCGAGGUUUCUUUUCGGUCAUCCACGCUGUGACGGCAGCACUCUGUACGUUUGCGUGAAGCAAUCACCAGCCACAUUGCUCGGUAGCCAUGCCGAAGAACAAGGGAAAGGGAGGUAAAAACCGUCGUCGCGGUAAGAACGAGAACGAGUCGGAGAAGCGCGAACUGAUCUUCAAGGAGGAUGAGCAGGAGUACGCACAGGUCACGAAAAUGUUGGGCAACGGCCGACUGGAGGCGAUGUGCUUCGACGGCGUGAAGCGGCUCUGUCACAUCCGUGGCAAGCUGCGGAAAAAGGUCUGGAUCAACCAGGGUGACAUCAUCUUGAUCGGUCUGCGAGACUACCAGGACUCGAAGGCGGACGUUAUCCUUAAGUACACGCCGGACGAGGCCCGAAAUCUGAAGACGUACGGCGAGUUCCCGGAGUCGGUGCGCAUCAACGAAACGGUGACGUUCGUCGAGAACGACAUGGACGACGAUAUCGAGUUCGGCGACGACUACAGCUCGUCGGAGGAGGGCGACGCAAUCGACGCCAUCUAAUCCUGCCGCAUGGCCAACAACAGUUCUAACAUCCGUUCUCCACCGUGUGGCGGUGUACGAGAGACAAGAGAGGAAACAGCAACAGCAGCAGCAGCUAGAGUUACAGUACUGUUUAACAACAGAAACGGAACCACAGCCACCAAUAAUUAACAGCAAAUCCAUACAACACUGCAGUAUAAUGUAAUGUAACGAAUGAUGCGAAAGGUGCUUGUGUGUAGUUCUGUGAGUUGCAGUAAAAUAUUGUUUUGUGAAUCGAAGCCGUGGAUGAAGUGAAUUGUGUACUGGAAGGAAGGAUAUGGCACGCGGUGAGGCAGCCGACAAGUGAACUAUUCGUGUUGUAUAAGAAGUUCCAAAUUUCCAGCCGAGAAGAAAACCGUUUAUAUAGCACAGAUACACCUACAUAAACACACAACAACCGGA